CGCCGCCUCGCGGCCCCCGCGCUCAGCCUCCCCGGCGCCCCGACAAGUGGGGAUCCGCACGGAAAGUCGGCGGCGGAGCGGCGGACUGGGCAUGCUCAGAAGCCAGGGCUGGCUGGCUCUGGGCUCGAGUAGGAAGCGUCUGCACUCGGGAGGCGGCGGCGACUUUGGGGAAAGUUGACCGGAGCGGGGAGCGAGCCCCCGGGCGCGCGGCAGCGGCAGGAAGGCGGCCCGGCGGCCCGGCGGAGCAUGGGCACCCUGCGGGAUUUGCAGUACGCGCUCCAGGAGAAGAUCGAGGAGCUGAGGCAGCGGGAUGCGCUCAUCGACGAGCUGGAGCUGGAGUUGGACCAGAAGGACGAACUGAUCCAGAAGCUGCAGAACGAGCUGGACAAGUACCGCUCGGUGAUCCGGCCGGCCACCCAGCAGGCGCAGAAGCAGAGCGCCGGCACGCUGCAGGGCGAGCCGCGCACCAAGCGCCAGGCGAUCUCCGCCGAGCCCACCGCCUUCGACCUGCAGGACCUCAGCCACGUGACCCUGCCCUUCUACCCCAAGAGCCCACAGUCCAAGGAUCUCAUAAAGGAAGCUAUCCUUGACAAUGACUUUAUGAAGAACUUGGAGCUGUCGCAGAUCCAGGAGAUUGUGGAUUGUAUGUACCCAGUGGAAUAUGGCAAAGACAGCUGCAUCAUCAAAGAAGGAGACGUGGGGUCACUGGUGUAUGUCAUGGAAGAUGGUAAGGUGGAAGUCACCAAAGAAGGUGUGAAGCUGUGCACCAUGGGUCCAGGAAAGGUGUUCGGAGAGCUGGCAAUUCUUUACAACUGUACCCGGACAGCUACCGUCAAGACUCUUGUGAAUGUGAAACUCUGGGCCAUCGAUCGACAAUGUUUUCAAACAAUCAUGAUGAGGACAGGACUCAUCAAACACACCGAGUAUAUGGAAUUUUUAAAAAGUGUCCCAACGUUCCAGAGCCUUCCUGAAGAGAUCCUCAGUAAGCUUGCCGAUGUCCUUGAAGAGACCCACUAUGAGAAUGGGGAGUAUAUCAUCAGGCAAGGUGCCAGAGGGGACACGUUCUUUAUCAUCAGCAAAGGCACGGUAAAUGUCACUCGGGAAGACUCACCAAGUGAAGACCCGGUCUUUCUUAGAACUUUAGGGAAAGGAGACUGGUUUGGAGAGAAGGCCUUGCAAGGGGAGGAUGUGAGGACAGCCAACGUAAUCGCUGCAGAGGCUGUGACCUGCCUGGUCAUCGACAGAGACUCUUUCAAGCAUUUGAUUGGAGGACUGGAUGACGUGUCUAAUAAAGCCUAUGAGGACGCAGAAGCUAAAGCAAAAUACGAAGCCGAAGCCGCUUUCUUCGCCAACCUGAAGCUGUCUGACUUCAACAUCAUCGACACCCUUGGAGUCGGGGGCUUCGGACGAGUGGAGCUGGUCCAGCUGAAAAGCGAGGAGUCCAAGACGUUUGCCAUGAAGAUUCUCAAGAAACGCCACAUCGUGGACACCAGACAACAGGAGCACAUUCGCUCGGAGAAGCAGAUCAUGCAGGGGGCUCAUUCCGACUUCAUAGUGAGACUGUACAGGACAUUCAAGGACAGCAAAUAUUUGUAUAUGUUGAUGGAAGUGUGCCUAGGUGGAGAGCUCUGGACCAUUCUCAGGGAUAGAGGUUCGUUUGAAGAUUCUACGACCAGAUUCUACACCGCGUGUGUGGUGGAAGCCUUCGCCUAUCUGCAUUCCAAAGGAAUCAUUUACAGGGACCUCAAGCCAGAAAAUCUCAUCCUGGAUCACCGAGGCUACACCAAACUGGUUGAUUUUGGCUUUGCAAAGAAAAUAGGAUUUGGAAAGAAAACAUGGACUUUUUGUGGGACUCCAGAGUACGUGGCUCCAGAGAUCAUCCUGAACAAAGGCCAUGACAUUUCAGCCGACUACUGGUCACUGGGAAUCCUAAUGUAUGAACUUCUGACUGGCAGCCCGCCAUUCUCAGGCCCAGACCCUAUGAAAACCUAUAACAUCAUACUGAGGGGGAUUGACAUGAUAGAAUUUCCAAAGAAGAUUGUCAAAAAUGCUGCUAAUUUAAUUAAAAAACUAUGCAGGGAUAACCCAUCGGAAAGACUAGGCAAUUUGAAAAAUGGCGUCAAAGACAUUCAAAAGCACAAAUGGUUUGAGGGCUUUAACUGGGAAGGCUUAAGAAAAGGCACCUUGACACCUCCUAUAAUACCAAGUGUUGCAUCACCCACAGACACAAGCAAUUUUGACAGUUUCCCUGAGGACAGUGAUGAACCACCACCUGAUGACAACUCGGGCUGGGACAUAGACUUCUAAUGUGUUUCUCUUACCUGCUUCUGCCUUGCUGAAGUCAGCUUUCUCUGAGACACGGCUGACAGCAAACCUGAGGGACGGAGAGAAGAUCAGUGCUCGGGGUCACCAUGAUGCCUUUGAUCGAUGCUGCUCCAGUAACUACAGUGGCAUGAGGACUUCUUGCUUAGACGACAGUAGUGCUCUUUACAUGUUUUCUGUUUGAUCCUAAAAAUAGCCGUUGACAUGGUGGUCCUGAAGCAAAGCCCUUCGCCCGUAAAGAGAGGUUUCCUGUCGUUGCAAUGAUCUUGCUUUGCUCGGACUGUAAUUUGAAAGACUGUAAGAAAUACUUCAACCUAGAAAAAGAGUCCGUACCUUGCUAGAAUGGCCAAGAUCAAAAAAUAAUGUAUGGGGUACGAUGGGUUGCCGUGGUACCAAAACGGGGCUCUUCCUUUCCUUCAAGGGAGGCCGUGGGAGCUAUUAGCACAAGCCGGUGUCUAUACCAUACGGAAGAGGGCCACGCAUCUAUGGGUCACGGCGUUCAUGUCAAACCAGUGCUAGAAGUUUCUUGAUUUUGUUUCCCAACAGUGCUGAUGACGAGGCUGAAUGUUACCUUUCCUUUCUGACAGAUUUUAAAAAUUGAUACAAUCAAAGCACAACUGCUAUGAAGCCUCACGGCGGGUAUAUAUGCGUUUUCACGGAGGAUUGAAAAAAAAAAAAAAACCAACCUGCA